AUGCUUUUCAAGUCCAAAGACACGGACAUGGCACUUGCGCGCAUCCACGAGGACUGGGCACAGUUGGGGAACGAUGAAUCCGUCAUACUUGGUCUUUUGGACAUUUUUACCUCUCUCAUGUUGCAAAUCCGUCCUCCCGCCCAAGCCACUCAUCUUUCGCCACCAGCUCUAGUCGAGCAUGCCCGAAUUUUUGCAGAAUCCGUCCAGAAGAAUAACGCAGAUAACAUGAACACGCGACCUUUCAUUCAGUGGAUUCUGGCCAAGACGUGGUGGGAAGCGCGCCCAACGCCAAAGCGUUCUGACGGGGCUACCAUUGAUGAUUUCGAGGGGCUCUUGCUCGAGCAAGGGGAUGGUAUACACCUUCCGGUAUUUGUCCCUAUCCAUCAUUCCGAGAAGCCUGACUGGGCAAUGGUUUCUGCACGGUCCAACGCGGCGCAGCGGAGCGCCGUUGAGGUUGCGCUAGGAGCAGCAGUGGAGGGAGACGACUUAUAUCUACAAGCACUGGCCUUGAAAGUUCUUUGUCUGCAACUCCAGGAUCCAACCAAGCUUAUGGAUGUUCUUUCCACUCUGCAGCUUGACUUACAAGGUGAUAUGGAAGGCUUCCUAGGCACAUGUCUGGCAAGAUAUCUCUCGCUUCCGGAACAAAACGAAGCUGACGAGAAGGCACUUUUGCGAAGCUUUAAGCAGCUCGACAAUGUCUCGGGAAACUCGUACCUUGAUUCCGGCAUCAAUCCUUCCUUUUUCUGGGCCCGAGAUGUUAUCCGAGACCAUAUUUCAGCGAGGGUUACCGGUGAACAAACCCAACCACCUAGUUGGGGAAGGAAUUUAAGGAUCUAUGGCUCAAGGCUCCCACAGCACAUCGCCACAUUCAUCGAGAACAACUUUCGUAUGGAAGUUCCUCCUCCGAUGUCUAUAUCGUUCAAUAUCAUCGGCGAAAGAAAACCACACAAAGAUACGCCACCAAAGCGCGUAUCCUUCAACAUCACCGACAACAAGGACACACUAGAAGAUGAAGACACGUCCUCGAAGCCGCCUUACCCCCUAUACCCAACUUAUAAGCUUGACAGUCAAGAUUGGAGAAGUCGACCUGCCAGUCCCGUGUAUGAUCGAACACGGCAGCCACCAACAGUAACCCGAAAUACUGUCCGCGAUGCCUAUUCUCACGACCCCCACCCUCCCAACUCAUAUCAUCGCGAUCCCCAUCCUCGCAGCCCAAAUCAUCACGAUUCCUAUCAUCGCGAGUCCCAUCAUCACGACUACGACUCAUCCGACGGCGAGUAUUGGUCUGAUGAUCAGGAGAGAUCCGAACGCCGUAGAUGGUCAUCGGCGGAUGAAAGCGCUCGCCAGAGGAAGGAGGAGCUCGACAGGCUGUGGAUGGAGAAGGUGAAAGCGGAAGUUGCGGCAUACAAACUUGACAACGAAUCGAGGAAGCUUGUCAACGAAUCGAGGAAGCUUGAAAACACAUCAAGGAAGCAAAGCCUCGCUCAGGGACACGCUCAAGAAAAGGCCCACGAGGACCGCGACGCGCUGGCUCGGGAACGACUGGAGAGGCAUGGACUUCCUGCUGAAAGGCCAGAGAUGCCAAACUUGUCUCAUGAGAGGCAGAUUAUCAAGGCAUACGAAUUUCCUGCGCAUGAGAGGAAAUCUGCCGGUGAUCAAGGCGCUGCUGAUAAUGGACAAAACUCGAACAAAAACGACAUGGAAGUCAAGGUCGAAGCCGAUCGGAAAGAGCUCAGUUUCUCAUCCAAGUUCCUGAAAGACAACACAGUCACGGUUAUUGUGCGAAAUACAGACAACCCCGAGGAAACAGGAUAUUAUCAAAUGGACAGCACUAGACUCCUUUUCAAGCCUGCUAGAGAGAUGGAUGACAAAGAGAUUGCGGCCCUCGAAAAAGUCUCCAAAGCGGACUUUGACCCAACACCCAAGCAGCGCAAACACGAUGAUCCUUCGACGGCGGCCCAGCCUCCUUUGAUCCACCGUUCAAGUUUCCCAAAAGGUGUGACAGUUGUUACCAUUCCUGAGAACCAGAGCCAUACUUCCGAGGAAGCGAUACCCACUGCUCUGGGGAUUGGUAUAGAAACCAACGCAACAGUAGCACCAACACCAACAACUAGAAAAGGAACCGAACCCACCACAACAAUCAAGCCCAACAAGCAGCAGCAUUUGGCCAAAAGCACACUGAGGGCCCAAAACAGAUCGUCAAGUCGGGCCAGUGCCAGUAGCGCAGACAGUAGCAGCAACCAACUAAAACCUGCGGCGGCGGCAGCGGCACGGAAAAAGAAGGGGACUUCUGCUGACUGGCCAAAGAAUAACAAUCCGACGACGACGAAAGACCCCUCCUCCUCCUCCUCCGAUCCUACUCAAAAAGCUCCCCCUCCUCAUAAAGAGGUCAUAGGCGAGCCAAACCCAGAAGCAGACACACGACCGAGGAAGCGAGGCACCUGGGAUACCAGGGCGGAAAGAGACCCAGGCCUAGUCCUCGGAGUUGGCGUGGAUGCCAGCGGCCCAAAAGAUGACGAUGAUGAUGAUGAUGAUGAUGAUGAUGGAUGGGACGGUCCGCGGGUGUUUGAUAUGGACGACCUUACCAACAACAAGAACCGGAUGGAUCGAGCACCGACGCCUCCACCACGAAGAAGCACGUUGCCGCCGCCCGUGGAAGUGGCCCUUUCGGUCCCGGUGGUGGAAAAUGCACCCACCGGCCCUCCACCACGACGAAGCACGGUGGAAAAUGCCGAUGAUGAAGAGGAUUGGGUUCGCCCAAAACCAGCAGCAGCAGCGGCAGCAGCGGCAGCAGCAAAGGAGCCAGAAACACUUAUUGCGGAAAUCCCAAGUACAAGUAAGAAGGGGGGCGGGGAAGAAAAAGCGUCGUCUUCGAAGUCGAAGUCCAAGGGUCCCUCCGCGCAAGCAAAAGCAAGUGGCGGCAGCAGCAGCAGCAUGAACCCAACAACAGGCUCAGCAGCAGCUAACAACAAGAACCAAAAGACUGCUGAAGAUGCGGAGGGGGAUGAGAAUAAUUCAGAGUACGAGUGGGUGGCACGGGAGAUGAGUGAAAGGUUGACUGGAGCGAACGAUUAUAUUGACCAAGACCUGCUUCUUUGA